CGCUUUUCUAAAUUCUAAACAUUCUCAAGCUUUUCAAGCAUGGACGAAUUGAAUGUUUAUAAACACAAACCUUGUUGAUAUUGACAGUUGACACUGUGUAACAUACCAUCAGACGGGCUGUAAAAACUGAAUAAACUGCAUCAUUUUCUCUUCCACUUGAUAAUUUCAAGUUAUAACGCAAUGGACACGGACAAAAACUUGUGCACCCUGUGUGGUUCCGUGCCAGGGAAAUACGUGUGCCCAAGAUGCAACGCUUUUUACUGCAGUCUAGACUGCUACAGAAGCGAAAAACAUGCACAAUGCUCGGAACAAUUCUACAAAGAGUGCAUCCAGGAGGAGAUGGCUGUUGACGCUGACCCUGCAGAUGCAAAGUCGAUGCAGGAGAUUUUGUGUAGGCUGCAGGAGCACGAAAGUCGAGGAAUAGAAACUGGUCUUCUGGCGAAGGACAAAGAAGAGGAUGAGAGUGAGGCGGACUCUGACGAUUUGCAAUCUGAACCAGACGACCUGGCCUCGAGACUAGCUGGAAUCGAUUUGAAUGAUCCAGACUCAAUUUGGCAAAAACUUUCAGAAGAGGAAAAAGCUGAAUUUCAAAAUCUUGUCUCGUCAGGCGAUGCCACAAAAAUUGUUCCAACCUGGGAUCCCUGGUGGAAUUACAAGGCUGCUCUGGUGCAGGAAGUGGAAAGCUCUGACAAGUUCAAAAAACACUGUCCUCGAAUCAAUCAAAAAAUCCCAGCGUUGAAAGAUGUUUCGAAAGUGAAUCCAGCUGUUGCAUUUGGAAUCGCCAACGUGAUUUACUCUUACGCCACCAUCACACGAUACUUCCAAGGUGACCAUCUAGAGUCGGACCUUGUCAAGGAGGCAGCCGACCACUUAAUGGACCUCAGCGCCAGUUUAAGUAAAGGGGAAAAUUUUGUUGAUCAAGAGAAUGCAAUCACCUCUGCCAAAAUUCAAUCUAUUGAAAUUUUGGGAUCAACUCAGGAUGACGAGAGUCUCGUAUUAGACGAUGUGCAAAAAAUAAUGGAAGGCCCUAGUUCCGAGGAGCAAUCUUUUUAUUUGCUGGCUGCUUUGUCUGACUGUUUAUCCUUAUUGAAAUCAGCCUCUUGCAAAGAGAAGGGUGAUAGUCUUGCAGCUGCUGGUGAGUUUAGUAAGCGGUUUCCAGACAGCAAGGUUCGAGAAGCAAAGUGGUCCAAGAAACAGCUCAUUCUGGCCAUUAAAAAAUUGGAGUUCUACAUAUCUUGGGCCAAAACUAAAUCAGGGCAGCAUUAAUUAUGCAUUUUUUAUAUACAAUAAAUGAAACCAAA